GAAAAAAUAACAGGCGACUUCUGUGAGUGUGAUAACUUCUCGUGUGAACGUCAUAAGCAACAGUUAUGCUCUGGUCCCGAUCAUGGUAUAUGCGCAUGUAAUGUUUGUGAAUGUAAACCUGGUUGGACUGGUGCAGCUUGCGAUUGUCAAGCUUCCAAUCACACAUGCAUACCACCAAAUGGCGGUGAAAUUUGUUCCGGACACGGUGAAUGUGAAUGUGGUGUAUGCAAAUGCAAAACUACUGAGGAAGGUCGUUAUUCUGGCGAUUACUGUGAAAAAUGUCCCACAUGUUCUAGACGUUGUCAAGAGCUUAAAGACUGUGUCCAAUGUCAAAUGUAUAAAACUGGUCCUUUGAAAGAUCCAAAGGAUUGUGCAGAUAAUUGCAUUAACAUAAAUCCUAUUGGAGUUGAGAAGGUCAUCAUAGAUGAUCCAGAAAAAGAAUACCAAUGUUGGUUCUUCGAUGAAGACGAUUGCAAAUUUUCAUUCAAAUACACUGAAAUUAAUAAUGAAAUUAAAAUUUAUGCGCAACAAGAACGUGAAUGUCCACCAAAAGUAUUUAUGUUAGGCAUAGUAUUAGGUGUUAUAGCCGCCAUUGUUUUAGUUGGCUUGGCUAUAUUGUUAUUGUGGAAAUUGUUGACGACGAUACAUGACAGACGAGAAUUUGCACGCUUCGAAAAGGAACGUAUGAAUGCCAAAUGGGAUACUGGGGAAAAUCCAAUCUACAAGCAAGCUACGUCUACCUUCAAAAACCCAAUGUAUGCGGGUAAAUAAACGAAAUACAACAAUGAACGAAUUUUUAUAUUUUGCCAUAAAAUCAACUGAACUAUUCAAAACUUUGUAUUUAUGUACAACUAAGUCUUCUCAAAAACAUAGAAAAGAGCAAAAUUUAUUGAUUUUCUGCAACGCUAUGACAUAUUGUUAACGUGUUUAAUAUAAAAAUAUUUUAAAAUGGAACGUAGAGAAAAAAUACUGCCAUAAAAAUAGAAGCAAAUCUCGACUUGGGAAACAAAUUGUGCCUUUUUUACACUUCCAUAUAUAAAUGAAAGUACAUAUAUAUAUAAUUUUAACUCUCGAUUUAAAGUUAAAACGUUAACAAUGUCAACUCGGUUUUUUUUAUUAAAUUAAACUUUUGUAAAAAAGCAUGUUACUUACAAAAAAAGCAUGUUACUUAUUUACAAACGUCCCUCUAAUUUCUACCAAAACUUUUUCACUUUCUUUAUAUAUAUAAAUAUAUAUGUUAUUUUCUAAUAUAUUUAAUUAUUAAUAUAAGCACAAAAUAUGAGAAAUGUACUGUAAAUGUGCCUAAAAAGUAAUACGAAAAGAGUUUGCCUUAAACUUUAAGUAUUUUUGUAAAGCUUUUUAUUUUUUAUACACGAACUGAGUGUGUAUUUUUAAUUUUUAUAAAAUUAGUUUGUAAGUUAAUAUUAAAAUAACUAAAUGUAUUUAUUAUAACAAUGACGAUUUGUGAAUAGCAGCCAAAUUAUGAAAUAUUUUAACAUAAAUAAAAAUAUU